AUGACAGAAUUAGACAUCAAGAAGAAAGAAGCGGACGUCUCCUCUGAGGAGGAGUACAAUGAGGAAGAGGAUGAGGAUUUCGAUCCAACGAAAAUAGAUAAAGAUAAUGAUAUUGAUACUGAUUCAGAAGUUGAGACGGAAACUAAUGAAACUAUGAUCAACAACAAUAAUGUUAAAAUACCGACGAAAAGUAUGGAUUAUUCACGUAUAGAGAGUGAAUCGGGGGGAUUAGUUAAGACAAGAAGGGCACGUUUAGAAGAAGAAGAAGCAAACAAGAGAUAUAAAUAUGAAAAUAUUCAAAAUACACCAAUUUCUGAUACUGUGAAAAGUAUAUGGGAUGAAAUGCAAUUACAGAGUAAAAAACGUCUCUCUAGGCAUCAAGGUAGUAAUACCUCAAUAAUAUCGGAUAUAGUGGAAGAUAUUACAGCAAGUUCUACAGAAAAUCACAUAAACGGGGAACAAAUCACAAUAGAGAGAACUUAUAAAUUUGCCGGUGAAGUGAUACAUGAAAAGAAAAUUGUACCCAGGUUUAGUGCAGAAGGCCAAGAAUAUUUAAAGAAUUCAAAAUUUAACACGUCGGAAACUCAACCCAGAGAACCCUUAGAACAUACUUCGAAGAUCGAUACCGUAACACAAGAAGAACGAUCGAAACUUAGAAGACCUCUCAAGAGAGAACCGAUACUAGAAAAGAUUAUUGCAGGUUCUAUUAAACCAAAACUAACCACAUUAGAAAAAUCCAAACUUGAUUGGGUCAACUACGUCGAUAAAGAAGGUAUUACCGACGAUCUUGCCAUACACAACAGAGAUGGUUACCUGGCAAAACAGGACUUCCUUGACCGUGUAGAGACACACAAGGACAAGAAGUACAAGGAAUUCAGAAAGACUCAGUUGGCUAUGCAACUUCAAAACCAACAGAAGUAA